AUGCGUAGACAAGGACAGCCGGGUGAUGUGGAGGAGGAGUCGUGCAGCGAGGAUGAUGGGAGUGUCGGUUUGGUUGAAGGGAUUGGUGAAGAGGAUGAGGAGGGACGGGAUGAUCGUGACACCGUGACAUAUGGUGGGGCGCUGAUCGAUGUGUUUGGUAGGGAUCCUGGAACUGCCGGUGAUCAGGGCGGAGCUGAACGGUUGGAACAAAAUGGUGGCAGCGGAUUGGAAGGGAUGGAAGGUCAGCAAGGGUUGAGAGGGCAGCAGAGAAGGGGAGGACAGCUGGGGUUGGGAGGGCAGCAAAGGAUGGAAGGGCAGCAAAGGAUGGGAGGGCAGCAGGGGAUGGCCAGGCAGCAUGGGAUGACAGGGCAGCAGGGGAGCAGAGGACAGGCGGGGUUGGGAGGGCAGCAGAGGAUGGGAGGGCAGCAGGGGAUGGGAGGGCAGCAGGGGAUGGGAGGGCAGCAGGGGAUGGGAGGGCAGCAGGAGAUGGCAAGGCAGCACGGGAUGACAGGGCAGCAGGGGAGCGGAGGACAGGCGGGGUUGGGAGCGCAGCAGGGGAUGGGAGGGCAGCAGGGGAUGGGAGGGCAGCAGGGGAUGGCAAGGCAGCACGGGGUGACAGGGCAGCAGGGGAGUGGAGGACAGGCAGGGUUGGGAGCGCAGCAGGGGAUGGGAGGGCUGCAGGGGAUGGGAAGGCAGAAUGGGAUGACACUGCAGCAGGGGUGCGGAGGACAGGCGGGGUUGGGAGGGCAGCAGGGGAUGGGAGGGCUGCAGGGGAUGGGAGGGCAGCAGGGGAUGGCCAGGCAGCACGGGAUGACAGGGCAGCAGGGUAGCGGAGGACAGGCGGGGAUGGGAGCGCAGCAGGGGAUGGGAGGGCAACAGGGGAUGGGAGGGCAGCAGGGGAUCGGAGGGCAGCAGGGGAUGGCAAGGCAGCACGGGAUGACAGGGCAGCAGGGGAGCGGAGGACAGGAGGGGUUGGGAGGGCAGCAGGGGAUGGGAGGGCUGCAGGGGAUGGGAGGGCAGCACGGGAUGACAGGGCAGCAGGGGAGCGGAGGACAGGCGGGGUUGGGAGGGCAGCAGGGACUGGGAGGGCUGCAUGGGAUGGCCAGGCAGCACGGGAUGACAGGGCAGCAGGGGUGCGGAGGACAGGCGGGGAUGGGAGGGCAGCAGGGACUGGGAGGGCAGCAGGGGAUGGGAGGGCUGCAGGGGAUGGGAGGGCUGCAGGAUACGAGAGGCCAACUUGGGUCCCAGGAAGCGUUACAAGGGCAAAUUGGGUACGUUCAAGCCCUUAACCAACGAUGGGGACGCGUGGGAAUACCAAUGUACGGGAAUGUUGCAGGCCUGGAGCAUCGUUGGAGCCAUGUGGGCAUGCCAUUGCAACGGGAGGUUGAGGGGUCGGUGCCUAGUAUGCACAACAGGACGUCGUGCCAACAGGGGGACGAUAUCAGUAACAACUCUUUGCAGUAG